ACAUCUCUGGUUCUAGCUCGUGUUUUUUGACCUUGCCUGCUCCCUGUCUGUACUGUUUUGGACUCUGCCUCGUGGAUUGAACCGUUGUGGCUGCAGGGGCCCCCUGCUGCUGCCCUCACUCCUGCUGCAGCCUCUCACCUGGACCCAGGCCAUGCCUUCGCUUCAGCUCCCGUCUCUGCAUUAACGCUCGUGGGGAAGGAACCGCAACCCAAGCGUCGGGGCUCCGGACGCCGCCGGUCAAGGCCUAACGCCGCUGCUACAGGCAAAGACUUCACCUCUGCAUCUACUGCCCCCGUGACCAAGGACCCCUCUCCUCCAGGAGGACUCUGGGUAACUCCUGUUGCCCAGAUGACGCCCCCACCUUUAUCGCAGGCCUCCCGACUCUCAUCCAGCGCACACGUGGGCUGAAUGAGAUCAGGGGAUUCACGGAACCGCCCACAUCAGACAUGGAGCCACUGUCUGUGUCGGCCUCUGAAGCCCCGCUGCAGCCUGCGCCUCGGCCUGCAUCCGCCACAGCGUCUCCUGUCACUCAACCACGUCUGGUUCUCCAGCCACAUCCCUGGUCAACGCAUGCCGCACUUCAUGUCCGGCCCCUGUUUUGGUUGCUGUUCGGCCAAGCCCAUCUUCUGCCCAGCCAAGCUAGGUCUCGUUUCCUGUCUGCGCCGGCCCCGGAGAGGCCGCUCCUGGAGUCCCUGGUCUGGACUGGUUCACUCUGGUCCCAGACCUUGUGCUUUCUGCUCACCUGUUUACAGAUCCUGCGGGUGCUCAGAUGAAUACGCCUGUCUGGGUUUGUCUCUGGCUCUGGUUCCGGCUUCUCGCCGGCCCUCGUCUCUGGCUCGUCUCUCAUCUCUGUACAGUAGAUAAGCUUUUGUUCCACUCACGUUCGCUGCCGCUGUUUGAGCGCCACCCUGUGGCUACUCUCCAGCGUCAUAUCCAUUAAGUCCUGCCGUGUGCCAGUUCUAGCUCAUGUUUUUGACCUGGCCUCGUGCUCCCUGUUUGUACUGUUUUGGACUCUGCCUUGUGGAUUGAACCUUGCCUUGAGACUGCCGUUGGCCAACCCCUGUCUGAACCAUUGCCUACUCCUAUACCCCUCUGUGUACCAACCCCUGCCUGUCUGAAGAGCCUGCAUUAAACCUCCACAAACUGCAUCUGCGUGCUGUGCUGUGCAUUUGAGACAUUCAUCCUGUUCUAUUACAUUUCAGGCUGUUCAGAGCAGAACACAUGUUUCAUUUUGGGCUGAAAUAGGAACAUUUGUCUGAGACAAGAGACUGAACAGAGGAGACAUGGAAGCUGUGGUCGUAAUGAUGGUGGUGCUGGGACUCUGUCAUGGUGUAGAAACCUACUGUGACGGCAGACAGAACGGAGCUCAGUGUUAUGGAGCUUUAGGAGGAACAGUGGACGUUCAGCUGAUGGACAGAGCCUCAGACAUACAUAAAUACCAGUGGAUAAAGGACCAAAGAGUGAUACUGGAUGGAAGAAAGAAUCAAAUUCUGUUUAAUCAUAUAGAAAACAGAUCCUUGUUUACUCCCAGUAAUGGAACAUUCAGCAUCAACAACCUGAGCAGAAAUGAUGGUGGUGAAUAUCAACUUGAUAUCUAUGAUGCAAAUGGAUAUAGAUCAGAGGAACGAACUCUAAAUUUGAUCAUUCAAGGUGUAGAAACCUACUGUGACGGCAGACAGGACAGAGCUCAGUGUUAUGGAGCUUUAGGAGGAACAGUGGACGUUCAGCUGAUGACUAGUGCCUUAGUAUUAGCCAGAUACUGGUGGAACGAGAACCGAACAGUGAUUCUGGAUGGGAUAAAGACUAGAAUUAUGUCUAAUCUGCUAGAAGACAGAUCCUCAUUUACUCCCAGUAAUGGAACAUUCAGGAUCACCAACCUGAGCAGGAAUGAUAGUGGUGAAUAUCAGCUUGAAGCCAUAGACUUAGAUGGAAAUAUAGAGCGACGCACUCUACAUUUGACCAUUCAAGCUCCUGUGGGCUCCGUCCUGCUGCUCUCUGAGUGUCUGUCUGAGGGACAGAUGAGGGCGUCCUGCUCCUCUGAGGGAGGGGACAGUCCUCAGUACAGCUGGACUCUGGAUGGACACACACUGACACAUGCUGAGCUCCUCUCUGGAAACAAUGAGACCAACAGCAUCACUCUGAAACAACACGUCUCAGGACGUCUGCUCUGUUCAGUCAGGAAUCAAGUCAGUCGUGUCUCCAGAGAAGAGACGAUCACUGACUGUGAUCGCUCUCUUCUCAUAUGUGGUGUACGAGCUGCUGUUGGGGUUCUUUUAUUAAUCUGCAUUACUGCGUAUUUUGCUUGGAAGAAAGCAAACUCCAACAAGACUGAAGGCUCUGCCGUCGCUGGAACCAGGGAACAUCCAGAGAACUCUGUGCUGAUGGUUGAACUGUGAAUUUGUGCAUCCACACCUGAACUAGCGGUAUCACCUCAUUCAUUCUCUGAAAUGUUUUUCCAAAUGUAUGUGUAUGUGGCUAGGUAUGAGGAACUUUGGGAGAUCAACAGUUCCCCACACAUCCACAUCAUCUUCCCUCGUGUCCCCGUACCCUACCACCUUACAGAAGAUGCUCUUUGAGCUGCCUCUAAGCAGUAAACAUGCGACUCACCCACUGCAGGACUCAUUGUCUGCUCUGGAGAGCAGCUUCAGUCACAGACUGAUCCACCUUCGCUGUGUGAAGGAGAGAUAUGGUAGAUUCUACCUGUUGCGAUCAGACUGUAUUAUAAUAACCAGCGCUGCCAACUAUCUCCCACACCACAACUGACAACCAUCAGUGGUUAUGUAGAAAUCUACUCAAUGCAAUAUUUGUGCAAAAAUGUACAAUAUUUAUAUUACCUUUAUUCAAUAUACAAUAACCCUCCCCAUAACUCCACUCUGCCCACCUGUACAGUGUAGUAUCGUGUCAGCUUAGCUUUACCUAAUUUGAUUUGUUGCUGUUUGUUUCAUGUGUUGCUGUACUUUUCUUUACUGUGCCUACGCUGUUGUUUCCCCACUGUGGGACUAUUAAUAACUACUGACUCCUCUCAUUUAGAUAAAUGUGUUCUGUGUUACUACGACUGACUUUCAUGCCUCUUCUUUCCAGAGCAAACCUCCACCUGCUCUCUACUCUCACUGCAGGUCAAACAUCAAUGUUCAGGGUGAUUCCUGUCUGACCUCGUCUGUCUGCCUCUCCAUCAGCAUAACAAACAAGAAGGGACUCAAAGCUGAUCCUUGGUGUGGUCCCACCUUUACCUUGAACUCUGUCUGACCUACAGCUCAUCUCACCACCAUCAUACUCAUACAUGUCCUGGACUACUGAUAUACUUCUCUGUCACUCCCGACAGUCUCAUCCAGUACCACAGCUCCUCCCUCCACCCUGUCACAUGCCUUCUCUACAUCCACAAAGACACAAUGCAGCUCCUUCUGACCAUCUCUGUACUUUUCCAUCAACAUUCUCAAAGCAUAAAUGGCAUCAGUGGUUCUCUUACGAGGUGUCACUAUUUAUGUCAGUUCCUGUUUUACGUUGAAAGGACUUCCUGUUCACACCUGAUCUCAGCUGUUUCUGUCAUUACCGGUUCCCAUUAUCCACACCUGUCUGUAAUUAGUAAUCAACACCAGUAUAUAGUCUCCACCUCUGACACACUCUAGUUGCCAGAGUGUUGAGUCCUAGCAUCACUUUCCAGCGUUCUCGUGUAGUUACCUUGUUUUGCUGAUCUUGCCUGUCAUUGACCGCCGAUUCCUGCCUGACCCUCAUCUGUACCUUCGCCCUGGAUUGUGGUAAAUUGUCUGACCGUCUGACCAGUGAGUUUUUGCCUAGCCCUUGUCUGUACCUUUUCCGAGCCUAUCUGUGAACCGAACCUCUGCCUGUCUCUUAGGUCCGAUCUUGCCUGCCCCUCCUCGUACCUAAAGAAACUGAGAUACACUGUGUAUGACCCGGACUGCCUGACGACGCUGAUACAAUAAACAUUG